AUGGUUCAGAAGCUUGAACUGAUCAAAGGUGGAGGAGGAUCGAUAAAAAUAGGAGCAACAGGAACAGUUGCAACUCUAAUGACUCGAGAGCUAGACUCCAUGAAACAACCUUCACCUCAGACUCCCCCAUCGAGACCCAUUAGAACAACAAUCCCUGUCUCAGUUGACUGUGGCACAUCUUCCACUCCAAGAAGACAAAAAGCAAGAAAAUCAUCAGAUGAAGCUAGCAGCAGCAACAACAACAAUGCUAAUAAUGUUAGAACACCAAAGGGUCACAAUGCAAAAAGCACUCAUCAGCUUCCAAUGCUUGGCUCUGAUAAUGUAUCGUUGCAAGGAACCCCGAGAAGAGAGAAGAGGAUGAUGAACAUUGUGGAGAUUGUGGAUGUGAAAUGCGGGAAUCCAGAUCGAGCUUGGGCUAAUCCGAUAACAAGUAGACUCAAGAAGCUUGGCUUCUCUAAACUCAAUGAGAGCAUUGGUUAA